GCAAGUCGUGAUUUGCGCAAUGCCGUUUGCACACGGCUCAGAAAGGCCGCGCGCGAGAAAUGUCGCUGCAGUCGCCCACCAGUUCAUUCCUGCUGAAUUCCCAGGAGCAACUGGCCUUACAAAGACAUGCUCCAUGCCUAUUUUGCUUAAAGCAGGUCGCGGGGCCUGGCGUCGUGCACAGCGAAGUCGUACUUCUCGCCGAGCGUCGGGCGCUGUCCCCAGUUGCGCCUUGCCGUGGCGCCCGCAUCGGCCAUAAGACCAGCAGCUCGCAGUCAUACUUCAAAUACGUUUACUGUUCUCCCAUAUUGAAGCAAAUCAACAUCGUUGACAACGACCUGCACGACCCGCUGAAACGAAAGCUUUCAGCUCUACGCUUCCUGAGCGCACUUCCCCAUAGCCAUCCAGUUGACGGAAUCAAAUACUCGCUAGCCAAGCACCGCUCUGCUGCCCUUGCUUACUCGCCAAGAGACUUGCCGGAGCCCGUCAAGCCAUCGGAGUGCGCCUUUGCCUUGUGGUCACCACAGUCUACGCCUGCUCCCGGGAGCUCAAGCAAGAAGCCUAGGAAUCAUGACGCCAUCGCUGCGCCGUCUUCCAAGCCUGGCCAUCGAGGUGCCGGACUGCCUGAAGGACGAGUCCAUCGUUGACUUUCCGACCCCGCCGAGCCUGCCGCCCUCGGCGAGCGACUCCACUGGCGCUGUCACCAACGUGACUCCUGGGUCCUGGUGUGAGCCCCUGUCGCCCAGCGCCGUGAGCGCCAUCAGCCCUCGUGCCUGGGGCCUCGAAGGAGCCUCGGCCCCGGCCUCGGCCUCCCUGCUGCCGGCGCCUUUUGCCUUCGUUCGCUGCAGCGCCCUCGCGGCUGACUGCUGCGGCCGCCCCAGCGCCAGCGCCAGCGGUUUUGCUGACACGCGCUAUGAGUGCCUGGCUUACUCGCCCCGCCAGGUGUCCUCCUCCGGCGGCAGCUCCCAGUACACGAAUACACUCUUCGGCAGCAGCUGCAGCAGUGACGAUGACGAAGAGGAGGCGGAGGAGCCGUUGUCAUCGCCCAAUGCCGCCGCAUGCGGCACCACCCGACUCAUCUCGUUCUCCGCCUGCGCCUCCGCCUUCGCGUCCACAUGCUCCUCGCCGCGCCCCCUGCCCAGCCCACCGCCCAAGCAGCCGCUGUGCCCCGCAACCCUCCCCAGUAUCGCUACUGACGGCGACCUCUCUUCGUGCUGCGACUCCUGCUGCUGCAUGAGCCCCCGCACCGAGGCGCGGCGGGUGGCCGCCGCGUUCGGCCGUUUCGACUGGUCCUGCUGGGCUUCCGAGGCCGAGUGGGCGGCGCUGCGUGACGCCGACAUGGCCACCCUGGAGCGCUUUGGCCUGCUGCACUGGACCCUGGACGACCUGCAUGACGCACAGCUGGCAGAGGCGUUCGCCGCCGUGGACUGGGACGCAGUCGCCGACAAGAGCACCACCGCCUUCCCCACCCCCUUCCCCGCCGCCGCGUGCGCCGCCGCUUCCUCUGCCGCUGCCUACGCUGCCGCUGCAACCACCUCUCUAUCCACAACCACAACCACCACUAGCUGCCUUCUCGGGAGUGAUGAUGUGGCGGAGGAGGCCGAGGUGGACUUCGCGAUGCUGCGUGAGGCCGCGGACGAGGCAGUGGCGACGCUGCUGCUGCUGAGCCCGACGGCGGCGGCGGCGGCGGCGGCGGUGGCGGCUGUUGCUCCUCCUCCCCUCCGUGGCGGCAGUGGCUACGGCUUGUGCGCGGAGGACGUGUUGCUGAUGUGUGCGGACAUGGAGGACCUGGAGGCGUGCGGCCUGGUGGGGUGGACGCCGCAGCGCCUAGCUCGGGACACGGCCUACCGCCGGCUGGUGCUGGAGGCGGAGGAGGACACGGCGUUGUGUGGUGGUGGUGAGGGUGAGGGUGAGAAUGAGGAGAGCUGCGGCUCCACCCCCUGCAUCUCGGCGGGUAGCAGCCCCUGCUACAGCCGCUGCAGCAGCGGCCGCAGCGCCGGCGGCAGUAGCAGCUGCAAGGGCGGCGGCGGCAGCAUGCGUUGUGCGGCCUGGUGGCUGGCGGAGGAGGCGGAGGCUGUGCGGGUGCUGCUGGUGUUUGGGCAACAGCAGGAGGAGGGGUGCCGCUAACAGUGUGUGUGUUACAGAUGCUACGGAUGCAACUGCGGUCUACGGGAUUGUGUGUGUGAUGUUGUGAGGCUGGGAAGUGACAAGUGAGUAUUAUAGGACUGAUAUGG